AUGUCGAAUAAGAACUCUCAACCCGACGACGACCAGCUUGGCACAAUCCCUCACGAACGAAAAGAACAACGGCCCGACUUCUCACAACCUCUACCUAGACAAAAGCUUCCCAAAGAGCUCCAAAAGAAUCUCGAUGAUGAGCAGAGCUACUGGGCUGUUCUCACCUCCGGCAAAGCCGAGGACUCUACGGAGUCUAGCGUCCGAUAUGCCGCCUAUGCCUCAAGACUACGAACGAUCAUGCUCAGCGCCCACCGAUACGUAGCCUACACGAGCGAUAUAGGAGAAUCAUUCCGACCGGUUGCACAUCCGUAUAUGGUUCGCGCUGCAUACGGUAUUUCCUGGGCAUACCUCAUCGGAGACGUGGGAUACGAGGGGUACAAAGCACGUAUACGCAAUCAGAGGAUCCUGAAUCCGGAGACGGAAGAGGACAAGCGGGAAGCGGAACUCAGCCCUGGACGAACAGUACCUGCAAUCGAGGACUACCGUAGCGUAAUGGCGCAGAGAGCAGUCUUCCAGGGCCUUGCGAGUAUGGGUCUGCCGGCCUUCACUAUCCACAGCAUCGUGCGAUACUCAGGACGCGCGAUGAAGAAUGUCAAGAACGUCAAACUACGGACCUGGGGACCCAUUGGAUUGGGGCUUGCUGCAGUCCCUGCACUACCCUACAUGUUCGACGAACCUGUCGAGUACGCAACGGAAUGGGUCUUCCACAAGGCUUUCGAGACUUUCGGCGGCCCUCAAGCCGUCGGCAAGGACGCAAAAGGAAGAGGCGUGAGUCUACAACAAAAGAAGGUGGAAGAGAAGCUCGAGGAAAGAGAGCUAUAG